AUGGACCCGCAUCUCGAUCCUACCACCGCUCUGGUCAACCUAGACGCAGACAAGAACGUCGGCCCGAUGGAGGUUGAGGAGCCCGUCUCUGUGCACGACUCCAAGGCGUUUGCGGAGAAGCACCUCGCCGAUCUUGGUCAAGAAGAGCAGGACUUUGCCGUGUGUACAUGGAAGAUCAAAGGGUGGCGAACACUAGACAAGAGGAUCACAGGUCCAGAGUUCGAGUGUGGAGGUCACCGCUGGCGCAUCCUUCUCUUCCCUUUCGGCAACUCGAACGGCCAGCCCAACGACAUGGUAUCCGUCUAUCUCGACUACGCCGAUCCAAAAGGCAGUCCCGAAGGCUGGCAUGUUUGCGCACAGUUCGCUCUCGUUAUCUCAAAUCCACAAGAUCCCACCAUCUUUUCGACCAGCCAAGCACACCACCGCUUUACGGCAGAGGAGAUGGACUGGGGAUUCACCCGUUUCAACGAGCUGCGAAAGCUCGCCGUCCCCACCGACGGACGAACUCGUCCCAUCAUCGAGAACGACUGCGCCGACGUCACCGCCUACGUUCGAGUCCUCAAGGACCCCACCGGCGUCCUCUGGCACAACUUUAUCAACUACGACUCUAAGAAAGAGACCGGCUACGUCGGCCUCAAGAAUCAGGGCGCCACUUGCUACAUGAAUUCGCUUCUCCAAUCCCUCUUCUGCACCCAUUAUUUUCGCAAAGCCGUCUACCAAAUACCCACCGAGGGCGAUGUACCAUCCGAAAGCGUAGCGCUAGCGCUUCAACGCGUCUUUUACCUGCUACAGACAUCCGACCAGCCCGUAGGUACCAACGAGCUCACAAAAUCCUUUGGCUGGAAGUCGCUCGACAGCUUUCUGCAGCACGACGUUCAAGAGUUCAACCGCGUCUUGCAAGAAAAGCUCGAGACCAAGAUGAAGGGUACUGCAGCCGACGGCGCCAUCACUCGCCUCUUUGUCGGCAAGAUGAAGUCCUACCUCAAGUGUGUCAACGUCGACUACGAGUCGUCUCGAACCGAAGACUUUUACGAUAUCCAACUCAACGUCAAGGGCAUGAACAACCUCGUCGACUCGUUCCGCGAUUACGUGGGCACCGAGAUGCUCGACGGCGACAACAAGUACCAUGCCGAGGGGUACGGCCUCCAGGAUGCCAGGAAGGGCGUUAUCUUUGAAAAAUUCCCGCCAGUCCUCCACCUGCAGCUUAAACGAUUCGAGUACGACAUUGAAAAGGACUCGAUGGUCAAGAUCAACGACCGCCACGAGUUCCCGCUCGAGAUCAAUCUUGGCGACUACGUCGACAUGCCCCAGUGUUACGAGGAUUGGAGGUAUCGGCUGCACGGCGUGCUCGUUCACUCUGGUGACUUGCACGGCGGUCACUACUUUGCCUUGCUUAAACCCGAACGAGACAGCAAGUGGUUCAAGUUUGACGACGACCGUGUCACGCCUGUCACUGAGAAGGAGGUUCUCGAAGACAACUUUGGCGGGGAGAUUCCCAAUGGCCACCCUGCGGCACAGAUCGGCGCUCGCGCUCCCGUACGUGCCAUGAAGCGCUUCACCAACGCCUAUAUGCUUGUCUAUAUUCGCGAGCGCGACAUUGACGAGGUGCUCAAGCCCAUGGCCCCCGAGGACACACCAGUACAUCUACGUCAGCGGCUCGAGGACGAACGACUCCAGAUGGAGGCGCGCAAGCGCGAGCGCGAGGAGCAACAUCUCUACCUCACCGUCAAGCUCAUUACCGAGGACACCUUCCGCGGUCACCAAGGCUUCGAUCUUGCCACGUUUGAAGAGCGCAACCUUCCUGCUACCGAUCUUCCCACAUUUCGCGUGCUCAAGAACGAACUCUACCUCAACUUCAAGUCGCGCAUCGCGGCGCAGUACAAUCUGCCUGAGGACCUCAUCCGCAUGUGGGUACUCGUCAAUCGCCAGAACAAGACGGUGCGACCAGACACGGUGAUUCCCGAGAACGAUCCCAACCUCACGCUCGAGACGGUGCGCGACCGCAUGGCUUCACGCCAGCACGACCUGCGCCUCUUCCUCGAAGUGGUCAAUGGAGAAGUUCCCAACACCGAGGCCAACCCUUCGAUGAUGAUCUUCCUCAAGUACUUUGACACCUCGAGACAGACUCUGCUGGGUGUCUCGCGUGUCUAUGUACAGCGUCACAUGAAGGUAGGCGACCUGGUGCCCACCAUCAACGAGCUGAUGCGCUGGCCACCCACCACGCAAGUCAAGCUGUUCGAGGAGAUCAAGCCAGGCAUGAUUGAGCAGAUGAAGCCCAAGGCGACAUUCUCGCAGAGCGAGAUCCAGGACGGCGAUGUCAUCUGCUUCCAGAUCGAGCUUUCAGAGAAGGACGCGCACGACUACGAAUCGCAGUCGCUCUACUCGAAUCCAAUCCAGUUUUACGACUUUUUGCAGAAUCAGAUCAAGGUGCUCUUCAAGCCGCGCUUUGAGGACGUUGACUACAAGUCGGAAUUCGAGCUGACGCUCAGCAAAAAGAUGACGUACGAUAUGAUGGCAGCCAAGGCGGGCGAGCGUCUUAAACACGAUCCCUUUAAGCUGCGCUUCACGACAGGCAACGGCCCUAACGGCACGCCCAAGACGGUGCUCAAGCGCACUGCCAACCAGACGGUCAACGAGAUUGUUUCGCCCAGCUACAUCCAAGGUCAAGCGUCGCUGCUGUACUACGAGCUUUUGGACGUCAGCAUCAUCGAGCUCGAAACGAAGCGAAACCUCAAAAUCUUCUGGACGGGCGCCAACAACAAGGAGGACUCGGUUCAUCAGUUCCUCUUGCCCAAGACGGCAACCAUCUCGGAAGUGACGGAGCAGCUUGGCAAGCAGGUGAAGCUGACUGCUGACGGAAGCGGCAAGGUGCGUCUGUUUGAGGCCAUCCUGAACGGGCGUCAGCAGCGCGAGUUUGCGCCGGUCGACAUGAUCGGCAACAUUGGCGAGGGCGCCGAGCUGUUUGCCGAAGAGGUGCCGCUGGAAGAGCUGCAGCUCACUGAGGACGACAAGAUCAUCAACGUGUUUCACUUUAGCAAGGAGCUGGCACGAACGCACGGCGUGCCGUUCCGCUUUGUAGUGAAACGCAACGAGCCGUUCCGCGAGACGCGCAAGCGACUGCAAGAACGACUCGAGGUGGCUGAAAAGGACUUUGCCAAGUUCCGGUUUGCUCUGGUACAGUCUUCGACGUACAAGCAACCCACCUACUUGGAGGAUGACGAUCUGCUGUACGAACACAAGUUCCAGCCAGACGACGCGCUCGGCUUGGACCACACCGAUCGCUCCGGUCGUGCAGGCAGAUUCGGCAACAACGUCGUUCAGGAUAAGGGCAUUCGCAUUCGCAACUGA